UGCACUUGGUAUAAGCUCAGAUUUAGUUUGAGCGAACUUAAUAUCAUGAAGACUGUGAAAGGCUUCUGUGUCCUUUUUAUGCUGCAUCUAUGGUUCUUUGACUCUGGAAGGACUGGGAAAGUACUUGUAUGGCCCAUAGAUUUUAGUCAUUGGAUUAAUCUAAAAGUUAUUCUGGAAGAACUCCACCUUCAUGGGCAUGAGAUAACCAUCCUGGUACCUUCAACAAGUUCUCUGCUUGAUCAUACCAAGAUUCCCUUUAAUGUGGAGAUACUUCAACUUUCAAUAAGUAAAGAAAGUUUCAUGGAAGAGUUCAGUGCUGAUCUCUAUACACUUUCUUUUGAACUGCCGAAACUUUCAUGGUGGGACAGGCAAGUGAAACUGACAAAAGUUAUAAACAAUUUUUUCGCAUCAGCCAAAAGAGUAUGUGACAGUGCUGUCACAGACAAGGAUUUACUCAGCAGGCUACAGGCAGCUAAAUUUGAUAUCUGUAUUGCUGACCCUUUAAGCUUUUGUGGGGAAUUGGUGGCUGAACUCCUCAAUAUUCCAUUUAUAUACUCUUUUCGGUUUUCCUAUGGGAAUGUCAUUGAGAGAUUGUGUGCUAGGCUUCCUAUGCCUUCUUCAUAUGUUCCUGGCAUCACAUCAAGACUGACAGACAACAUGACUUUUAUACAGAGACUGGAGAACUGGUUAUUGUAUACAAUGAGUGAUAUGAUGUCUUCAUACUACGCAUUUGCAGAAUGGGAUGAGUAUUACAGCAAGAUUUUAGGAAAACGUACCACAUUAUGUGAAAUUAUGGGGAAAGCUGAAAUGUGGUUGAUUCGAACAUACUGGGAUUUUGAAUUUCCAUUCCCUUACUUACCUAACGUUGAAUUUGUUGGAGGACUGCACUGCAAGCCUGCAAAGCCCCUACCUAAGGAGUUAGAAGAGUUUGUUCAAAGCUCUGGAAAAGAUGGAGUUGUGGUGUUUACUCUGGGGUCAAUGAUCAAAAACCUCACAGAAGAAAAGUCGAAUGUGAUUGCAUCAGCCCUUGCCCAGAUUCCGCAGAAGGUCCUAUGGAGAUACACAGGAAAGAAACCAGAAACUUUAGGAGCCAAUACCCGAUUAUAUGCAUGGAUUCCACAGAAUGAUCUUCUUGGUCACCCCAAAACCAGAGCUUUUAUUACUCACUGUGGAACCAAUGGGAUCUAUGAAGCUAUUUACCAUGGGGUCCCUAUGGUGGGAAUUCCCCUGUUUGGUGAUCAGCAUGAUAAUAUUGCUCGUAUAAAAGCCAAAGGGGCAGCUGUUGAAGUAGACUUGCAAAGAAUGACAAGUUCUGAUCUGCUUAACACUUUGAAAGCAGUUAUUAACAACCCUUCCUAUAAAGAGAAUGCUAUGAAGUUAUCAAGAAUUCACCACGAUCAGCCUAUGAAGCCCCUGGACCGAGCAGUCUUCUGGAUUGAGUUUAUCAUGCGCCACAAAGGAGCCAAACACCUUCGGCCAGCCAUCCACAACCUCACCUGGUAUCAGUACAAUUCUUUGGAUGUGAUUGGGUUCCUGCUAGCAUGUAUGGCAACUUUUAUAUUCCUGGUCACUAAAUGUUGCCUGUUUUGUUACUGGAAGUUUGGUAAAACUGCAAAGAAGAAAAAGAAAGAGUAGUGUUUUUUUGUUUUUUUAACAGUUGGGCUGGAAACCUUGAUAAAGUCCAUCUGAAUUAACCCAGCUACUGAUUUGAACAGAUUCCUCUCCUACUCUCCUGGGUUCUUAUCCAUUCCUCAGCUUAUCAAGUCACAGAUCAAAGACUCACCCCAAAAAUGUGCCACAUGAUUUAGAAUUAAGGUUUAAACUAAUCUAUUCUUUAAAAAGAGAGGAUAAACAAAUAAACACAUGGAAGUUGCUACCAUUAAAGACUUAGUGCUUUACUUCAUUCAUUGUUUUCAGCUCAACAAAUUGAGAUGCUGUUUGAGGCCUUAGGAACAUAAUGAUUAAUUCUAUUUUCAGUACUGAUCAUAUUGAAUAUUUCCUAAAUAUCUAACAUCAUUUUGGGUCCAGUAUGUAAGAAUUAUUGCAUAUUAUCUAAAGGAACUAGACAAGAAGUAGUGUAGAGCAUACUCUCUCUAGUCAGAGCUUCCCUUCCAAUCAGGAAGGUCAGGAGACUGUUAGGGUUUCUAGUCUGCUAUUAAGCACGUUUUACACCAUCACUUUCCUUUUAUAUGACACACUGGACUUUGUCCCUCUUAGAAUACAAAACUCUAUUUUUUGUCUUUGAUUUGAAGAUUGUCUUUCAUUUGGAUAUUAAUAAUGAUAGCACUUCAUUUGUAUUGUAACACUUUGUGGCUUCGGAGAACUAGCUAAUUAUCAUAUGUUAGCAUGGUUAAUAGUGUGAUGGAGCAAAAGUAAAUGAUUGGAAUUUAAUACCCACUUUUUAAAAGUAACUUAAUUUUUAAAAAAUUCUUUCCUACGUUAAUUUUACUUACAAUAAACAUAUUUGGAAAUAAGCAAACUUCUUAGACUACACUGCAGAUUCUUUGGGGGAAAAAUGCAUUUCUCUGAAAUACUAUCUGCUAUGAGGAUGAUUUCUACAUAUAAUCAGAAACUCGGUGAGUUUCCUCAUUUCUUCCUUUUCUUUUACUCCAUAACUUCCACUGGUCUUCUCAUAAACUGUACUGUGAUCACUAUACCAAGCACAAGUACUUAGGCUUCUUAUUAACUAGCGUCAGCCUGAAAUCUGCAGUAAACAUGAAGACAACAUGUUGGAUUUUAAUAGAAAGAUGUCUCAAAAAAAAGAGUAUUCCCUCUCCUUCUUCUCUAACCAUACAGGGUCAAUUUUGGAGAGUUCUGACAAUGAUUUUAUUUUGAAAUUCUGCCAAAUUCUCCAUUUUAAAAAAAAGUCUCUUUCUUUCAUUUCCAAAAAGUCUAUCUUCAGUAUGCUUGCCAAUAAUUUGCCCAUGAGGUCAAAAAAUUAUUCAAUAUAAUACGUAUCAACCAAGUUCAGUAAUAAUUUACUAUGGACUUUGAUAUUUAUAACCCAAGCAAAAUAGACUGAAAGUUACUAUCAUAGAACAAAUAUAAGUCUAUCAAAUAUAAAAUUAUUUUAGAAAAUAAUAUAAAAUUAUCUUAGGACAAAUGAAAAUUAUUUGGGCAUUAGCUGUUUUUUAAAUAGGAAUAGUGGCACAAAUAAGUACAAUGUAAAUAUAAAUUUAUUCUUAAAUGGCAAAUUAACUAUAAAGAAAUAUAGCAGAAAAAAUGUAUUUUCUUAAUUUAUAAGAUUUGAAAUAAUUAAAUAAUUAUACUUUAAGGUAUAAAGUUUAAAAAAUGUAAGCACUAAUGCUGUUUGUUUUAAGAUCUAAUUCAUGUAAUCAAAGCAAUAACUUACCACACUUCUAAAUCAUUUAUUCUGGCAAUAAGAUAAUGUCCUUUCCUAUAAUAAUCUUUAAAAUCAUAGUUUAAUCUUAAUGUCAAGAUAUCUCUUCACUUUUUCAUUCUUAUAAAAUGAUUUAAUAUAAAGGAGUUUAAACUCAAGAUUUGGAUACCUUGUUAGCAAUUUCUGUUUAUUCAAAAGAACUGCUCCAACAAAUAAAUGAAUAUAUUCUAUUUAUAGAGACCAAAGCUUUUCUUAAACACAAAUAUUUACCUAUUUAUAUCAUCUAUGCAUCAUUAUAUUAACUAUAUUAACAAUCUGGUAAUAAUUUUAGGUAUGCAGAAGUUAAACCUUUCUAAUAUGUUAUAUUUUUCUAGUUUAAGUUUCAAUAAGAAGACUUUUUUCUGGAGUUUGAUGACCUCUGGCUUUCUUAGUCAGUUAAAACAAUAUGAUUUAAAAUACUCUAUUUGUAAACUACAUAUAAUCUAUAUGUGGCUAUGUUAGGAAAUCCUGCUCAAAUAUCUUCUGUGUCAUGACUUAUUUGAAAAUGAUAAUAGGCAUAUGCAGGUAUUUUGUACAUGUGCACAUGUAUAUAUGUGUGAACACAAAGUCAAGCUCUAUCUGUUAUAAAUAAAAAGUGAUUCAUAUGGUUGUA